ACAGACGUUUUGGUGGGGUGUUGAGGGCUGAGGGUUUAAGGGUAGCGCGCCAUGGGGAGUGACAGCUCGUCGGAAGACGAGGACGAAGAGCACAAAGCUCGAAUGCGCAGCGUGGCAAUCGAUUCCUCUGCGGUCAUAAACAUCGCUGCUGGGCGUGGUGCAGACAACAGCACUGCCAAGCUCGGAUCCAAACGGAAGAAAAAACCCGACGGCGAAGAAGAUUUCGAUGAGGACGGGGGCUUGAAAUUUGCUCAAAUUAGGGUGCAAGAUCUUCUCCAUAAGCACCUUGAUAAGAGUAUUGGGGCAAGUUUUGUGGAUGUGGCAUCCGAGCCCAUCGCUGUCGCCGGAACUGAUGAGAACGAUGAUUUUGACAGUGAAGUUCGUCUCUUCAGUAGAGCUCCUCUGGGCAUCAACUUGAAGCGCCCAGAGCGGCCGAAGCAGACGAGUCGUCCUAAACGAUACGACAGUAGUGACGAAGAUGAAACGGAGAAAGUGUCUCGACUGCAAGCUGCAGCUGUCGAUGGCUCAUUUGUGUUGACUCAAGCUGAGAAAGCUGUAGCCAAAGCUCGAGCUAGAGCUAUCAAAGCAGUUGAAGCUGCCGAGAAGGCAGAGAAGGAAGAGCAGGAGAGAGUGGCGAAGCUUAGAAAAGAACGAGGAGAGGAGUGGCUUCCAAAAAUUGCAUCCGAAUUGAGGGGGACAAAAGGCGUAGUACCAAGCAGCAAAGGACAAAUAGGAAGAGUUAUGGACGUUUAGUUUACAACUCGGGUACAAGGUGCUGAUACAAGAAAUCCAUAGAAAUAGAAAUCCAAGGAAGUAGACGAGUAUGUUCAGAAACCUUCAAGAACUCAAAGCUUGAAACUUUAAAAGAAAGCAUCAAUACCUAUCUUUGCUGGAUUCAGGAAGGAUAUAUAUCGGGAGCAAAUGAAAGUGACCCAGUGAAAGUCGAAUUAGAGGCGACUGACAAUCAUUAAAUUUCAGUUGAUUUAUAUGUACAUUAAAAGAAGUUGGCUCUUUACAUGUAGAGGUGCUCUUGGGAACUGAAGAUCUUGCAGAAUGGAAUGUGCCUCAUACAAUAUUGGAGUAGAAUGAACUAAUGGUUUUCGGCUCCGGACAUAUAUUACUCCACCGACAUUAGUAAAGAACACCUUCAUGCAGCUUUGGAGCUAAGUUUCAUUCUGCUACCAGCUAGAACGUUCCAACGACUCCCGGACUUAUCUCUAAUCCUAUAACUAAUUCUAACCUUGCUCGAUCAGUCCUCUCAGUAACGGAAGCACUCGUUGGAGUGUACCUGCUGUAUGACGACAUGAGCAAUUGCAUGCUGUUGACUACAGGAGGUCACUCAUCCACUGUUGGUCAUCAGGAUACUUGCUGCGAAGCCGCUUGUAUCUACAAGUAGUUCGUCGAAAAUCUCCGACCUUGCUAGUUUUGGGCGGACAUAACUGACUUCAAGACUCUUUGGCAGCUAGUGAUCUUCAUAGCGGAUGAGCG